CAGCAGCAGCCGUGUCAGAGUGGCAGCAAUACAUUUUUAGGUCGAUGAUUGUGUGUGCGCUCGGGUUCGAUUUGAUUGAUUGAAUCGUGUACGGGUGCGCGGGUUGGCUACCUCCUCCUCCUCCUCCCACUAGAAUUGGACCACCCCAAACCAAACCAAACCACCGUUUAAUGUCAGCUCCCGGUGCAAACUGUUUAUCAGCGUCGCAAAAGCAUCAUCGAGCAAGUAGCAGUACCAUCCGCAAGCUGGCGGCUACCAUCAUUACGGCCAUCACCGCCGACAGUACUUGCCCGAGAGCCAUCGACGGUACAAUUGUGGAGCGAUCGCACUGCUGCUAGACGAAGCGCGUACCCGAUCGCGUAUCGAUCAUCUUUCCAGCGCGAGUGUGUGUGACGUGUGGCGGAAGAAAGCAGUGAGCUUUGUGGUAUAAAGUGUGACAAAAAAGACACCUUUGUUCGAAGAUCCACGUGUACGCGUGUUCCAGCGCCUAUUUACCCAAGAUCACACGAUUCGAGCAUCGGAAUUGCCGGUAAAGCGAUUUUCGUGAAAUAAAUUCGAACCGGAUCGAUCGACACACCGUGCAAACAGUACGCGCCUAGCUCCAGCCAGCCAACCAGGCAACAUCAUUCCCGCACACUAAAGACGGUCGGGUCAGCACGACGGCCACGCCGGCAGUAACGCAGUUCGUCCAUAUGUGGAGCUUCGGCGAAAAAGUGAACCUUUCCGAAUUAAUGUUGCUAAAUGUGCUGAUAAAACAUCUCAUAAACUCAAACAUUACAUAACACACGGCGUGUGGUGUUAGUGUGCAAGUGUGCGUGUGUGUGCAUGCGUGUGCGUGCGCGUUUAACUUUUUUGCGCGAGCAAUAGUUGGUCUGUGCUACCUACUAUAUACGGGGUGGUGUGGUUUGUAAAAAAAACACAGCAAAAAGGACGUUAGAACGGGAAAGUCAAACGAAAAAUCAUUCUGAUCGUUACGGAGAAGAGGGCAUCGUCUCUGAAGUCGGGAAACGGAAACACAACUCGUCUAAAGAAAGCUGAGCACAUAAAGCGAAGCGUGCGAAACGACGUACAACCGGAGAAGCGAUUGUGGCGCCAGUCUAGUUGGCGUGCGCUAAAAGAAGGCUGGUGCUACUACUACUACUACUACUACUACUACUACUACCGCUACGGCUGACCAUCCCAUCUGUCGAAGUUGCUUCAUCAUUUUACCUAUCGCAAAAGGAGAAGAAUAGGAACGCGGAACCGUGUGGAAGAAUUGGUACCUUGAGCCAUCUACGCCAAUACGGAAUACGAAAGCCGGCAGCAAAGGAAAGGAGACAAAACCGAGAAAAUUCGAUCGGACACUAAUUUGGAACAGAUUUACGCUCGUCGUUGCUUUCGGUUCGAUUUUACUUUUCGUUCGUCGAUCAUCAUCUGAUCAUCUUUGGGAAAACACACUGAACACUGGUUGCCGUUCACCCCGGGGGCGAUCGCGCUUCCAUCACGAUCUAGACCGAGUAGAAACAAAGAAACGGCCCACAACCUGCCCAGAAGUUCCAAGAAGUUCCAGAGACUCCUCGUCAGAUCAGCGUAAACCGCGCAAUACAACCACCUCCAGAGCGCGAGGUGAACUUUCAUAGCGGACGAGACGAAAAAAAAAGAAACGCGAACGAAUACGAUAGAAAUUUGCAGACACGAUGAACUUCAAACAUUUGCUGAUGCUGGCAGUGUGCCUGCUGCCGCUGAUGGUCACCCCCGGUAGUGGCCGUGCCGUCGUGUUGGACCCGGACACGGCACUAACCGCGUCCGCCUCCUCGUCUGAAGGUGUGCGGGCGGACGGUGGCCGUGCGAUAAGGCCCACGUUCGUCAAAAUAACGGCCGCACCGCCGGCACGUGUUGCACAGAUCCGGGGUACCACCGUGGAGCUGGAGUGCGAAAUAAUGGGAUCACCGACACCGACCGUCCAGUGGGUGCACGGAAGCGGCCAAACAGCCGAUUGGGAAGAUAUCAGCGUGAACGUUAUCUCGGAGGACAACCCAACGUCCGUAGCACGCGUGGUGACACGGUUGGUGAUCGAUCGUGCAUCGCGUGCUUCACAAAGAACGUUCACAUGCAUCGGACGUUCGGCCGGCCAGGAAGUUAGCUCAUCGACCGUCGUUCACCACGUUGACAGCGUGUCGCAUCUGGGCAACUUCUCCGACAUGCCGCUGCUGCGCCCAUCCGGUGCCGUCGAUUCGAUGUUCAAGAACUUGAAGGGAGCACGCAUCACGCUACACUACAAGACGCUGUUCGAGAACAUGGGCUCGACCGUGGUAUUGCCGUGCAAGGCAAUCGGUCGCCCGCUGCCCGAGAUUACUUGGCUGAACGAAGAGGGUAACGUGGUCGGCAGCCUGCAAGAUCCCCGGUUCCGCACGCUCCCAACCGGCGAGCUGAUCAUCACCGGACUCCGGUGGGCCGAUAUGGGAUCGUACACUUGCGUAGCGAAAAAUGUCCUAUCGAAAGACGAAUCGGAAACGUUCGUUUACCCGAUACGGCCUAACUAGACACCUAGCGUUGUGAUUGUUUUCGAUACACCGAUACAAUCGAACCGGGGGGGUUCAACCAGGGGGCCGGUCCCGGCUAGCCACGCACUAGAAUCUUCCGUUCGGCUUUAAUCACGCCGUUAAUGCAUCGGAACAUGGGGAACUUACGAAAUAAGGAACAGAGCGCUAGAAAACAGGAAGAAAAAAUGCACAAAAAAAUUAAGCACAUUAAAAAACAACUUAUGCCAUAUACUUAACUUAUUUAAAGUUGCACUAUUAGAAUCCAGCCUACACGUACACACCCUACCCAACCAAUUCAAUGUUUGCACCAGCAACCAACUUAACACACUCGCGGGCGAAGGACUCGAAGAGCCUUGGCGUUUUUUUAGCAUUGCAAUGCAUUCUCUAAUUUUAAUUUAUUUUAAAAUAUAUGUCCUAUUUGAUGUAACGAGAACUUAUUCAAUGUACGUCACGUGAAAGCACCAUCCUUCAAGCUCUCUAUCAUAUGUUUAGUGUGAAGAUGUGCGCUAGUACCGAUGAGAGACGAGCCAGAACCGCUAGCCAAAUUCAAUGUAGCUUCCAGGCGACCGCGAUUAAGCAUCAGGAGCAUCUACAACACCAUUCAACCAUGUACAUAUAUCGUCGUCGUCAUGUCUCGCUGUUGUUACAAUUUGAUACGUGCGCGUACAUACUACCGUCUGUACACGGGUAGGCUUUAAGUCACUGCUUCGUGACCGUACUAGUACUAGGCUAGGCCAACUUGGAAGAACAAACGAUGUUUGAAAUGUUCCACUUCAGACGACGAGCUGCGGCCCUAUUUGGCGACGAGCUGCUAUUUGGCAGACAGAAACAGUGCUAGCCGGUCAGAGUGUGCUGUAGCUACUGCAGAAGGUAUAAGAAUGCAUUUCCCGAUAGAGAACGUCUGAAUGGAUGAAUAAAACUUUUAAUUAAAAAUAAAACGAUAAA